CGGCGGCUGUAAAAACGAGUUUACACACUUCAAUUCGUUCGAACCAGCCGAAGCAAAGCAGAACCAGUGUGCUUUUGCUUGGGCUCCUUUUGUCGUCUCCUUCAGUCUGACAAAAAUUGUAGGAGAGUUUGGUUGUGCUUAUAAAAAGGAUAGUAGAGAGCAGCUCGUUCGGACAUUGCUAAGAAUUGUAUUAUGGAUAUGUGUGUGUAUGUGCGCGCCUUAGAAAAAAGGAAUUUAAGAAGUUGAAAAAAAAAAGAAGAGACAUUGUCCGCCGUCGCCAGAGUGCAUCUUCUUUCUUCUCUUCCCCCUCUAAAUAAGAAACGAGCAAAAUAUCCCCCUUCUAUAUCUUGGAAGUAGACAAAAUAACUUGUCUCGACACAAAAGGAAAAUUGUAAAAAUGCAUAAUUUUGAUGAAAAUUAUUCGCGAAAAUGGACGAAAAGUGAACCGAAGUGACAUAAUCUUGACACAUUAAACAAAGGUGCCGUUUUUUUUUUGUUUGAAAAGAAAAAGAAAAAUUGCAUUUGUCCCUUUUUUUUGUUUCUAACUUGUAACGAGAAAUUACCCAAAAAAAAAAAAAAGAAUUUCCAAAAGAAGAGAAAAAAAAACCUCCCACUCUACCUAACAUACACAAGAAAAAAAAAUUUUGUUUAAUGAUUUAUGACUUGAGAUCUGAUGUGUGUCGUGGUCGUUGUUGUUUUCUUAUUCGUUAUUUUGUUUUGCACUGCAUUCUUGUGUUAAUGUAUAAUUUUAGUUUGUUAAUUAUUUUCUUUAAUGAUGGAUCGUCGUGCCUAUAAAUUCAUUUCGAAAAGAACGGACAUUGAGACAGAACCGACAACAACAAAUGCGUAUUUACCUUCACAGCCACUUAAAGAUAACUCAAAUAUACGUAUCAUAAAAAUUGUCAAUUCAGAGACAACUCAUUCAUCAGUAGAAAACUCAUUAGGAGAAAUAAAAACCCAACAACAACAAGACCAACAAACUCAACAACAACAACAGCAACAACCACAACAAUCGACACUACAACAAAAGACACCAGAAAGACCUCUUAAGUGUCUGGAAACAUUGGCUCAAAAAGCUGGUAUAACAUUUGACGAAAAAUACGAUUUAGCUCCAACCACAUCCCACCAACAACAACCACAACAACAAACACAACAGCAACAACAACAGCAACAACAGCAACAACAACAUCAACAACAACAUCAACAACACCUUCAUCAACAACAUCAUCAUCAUCAACAAACAAUCAUAACUAUGGAAAAAUCACAAAGUCCAGCCCAAGUACCGGGACAAUCUACAGUACCCCUACAAAUAUCACCCGAGCAAUUGCAACAACUACAACAGCUCCAACUACAACAUGCCUCAUCAUUUAUCCAAGUCAAACAGGAAUUUCCCACCCACAAUAAUGCCGAGUUAAAACAUCAAAUGAUGGAACAGGCCAGUCAGGGUCAAAUGCAACAAAUGCAAGUUAUAGAGGGAUCCCCAAGUAGCCCUCACCAGCCUCCAUCCUCCAUGGCAAAUCAACAACAUUCUACCACCAUAAGUACAAUGUCCCCAAUGCAACUAUCAGCUGGCCAAGUAUCUGACUGGUCCCAUGGACGCACUGUUCAGCUGAUGCAACCAUCGUUGUCGAAUUCAGGCAUUUUCCAGCAACUAUAUCCUCCUCAAGUACUAAUGUCGGGUAGCUUAAUACAUUCGGGUUUAGGUCAACAGCCUAUUCAAUUGAUUGCAGCAAGCAAACCCUUCCAAGGUGGAGGUCCUCAGAUGAUUACUGCCACCGCUCAGAAUAAGCAAAUGCUGGGCGGCAAUGCUGGUUUCAGUGGAACCUAUACAAUGCCAGCGAGUCAAUCGCCUCAGACAUUGCUCUUUAGUCCUGUGAAUGUCAUUAGCUCACAGCCACAACAGCAACAACAAAAUAUAUUACAAACAAUGAGCGCACAGGGCAAUAAGCAACAGCAACAAGAUGGUCAGAAGAAUCUGCAACAGAAAGUAGUUCAGAAAGUGACAACGACAAAUUCUGUACAAGGAGGACAGGGAAUGGCUGGACAAGGCAAUGGAAAUCAACAGACUUCUCAACAAUGUGUUCAAGUAUCGCAGCCAAUGUCGACGACACAGAUUAUUGGUCCACUACAUCAUGCUGGAGGUCAACAGAUGCAAAUAGCUGCUCCAUGGAUGCAAAGUAUGCCGCCCUACACAUGGAGCAAUGGUCUUCAACAACAAGCUCUAUUGACACAAAAUCCGAUUAUAAUACGGGGCACUCAGCCGGAUGGCACACAGGGAAUGUUUAUUCAGCAACCUGCAACGCACCAGACAAUUCAAACACAACAACCCAAUCAAACCCUUACUCUGCAAUGCAAUGUUACCCAAACACCAAACAAACCCAAACAACAGCAACAAGCAACUCAAAGUCAACAACAACAGCAGCAACAACAACAACAGCAUCAGCAACAAGUGCAACGGGGUCAACAAAUCCUUCCACAAAAUGGUCCACAAAUACGACCAGCUAGUUCGGUGUCCACACAAACAGCACAAAAUCAAAACCUAAUCAAGCAGAAAAUACGAAACAAACAACAGCCAGUUCGACCAGCAUUGCCGGCAAUGAAAACAGAAGUUGGCGCCCAGAAUAAAACCACUGGCAUGCAUCAAUUAGCUCCGCAACAGACAAUGCAUCAAGUUGUAACCUCAGCGGGUAAUAAAAUGGUUGUGAUGAGCGGUACGCCAAUAACAAUACAAAAUGGACAAACUUUGGCCCAAGCUGCACAACAACAAGCUGCCCAGCAGCAAGUUGAUAAACAGCAGCAGUUGCAAUUGCAACAAAUCAAGCAACAACAACAGCAGCAACAGCAACAACAGCAGCAACAGCAACAAGCCCUGCUUCAACAACAAUUAAUAAUGCAACAGAAUUCCAAUCAACAAUUGCUUCAACAACAAAUUGCCCAACAAAUUCAACUGCAGCAACAACAGCAACAGCAGCAACAAGUGCAAUCGGGUCAACAGCAAAUUCAACUACAAGUAUCACAGCCAUAUAUCACACAGCAGCAACAACAGCAACAAAUUCAAAACCAGUUAAUACAGCAACAACAUCAGCAACAGUUGCAGCAGCAGCAACAACAACAACGAGAACAACAUUCGGCGGGAAUAAUUCAUCAAAUUGUGGUUCAGCAAUCUCCAAAUGCUCAACAACAACAACAGCAGCAGCAACAACAGCAGCAGCAGCAACAACAACAGCAGCAACAACAACAACAGCAACAACAAGUUCAAGCUGCUCAACAGCAUCAGCAAGUACAAGCUGCUCAACAGCAUCAGCAAUCUCAACAAGUUGCCCAUCAACAACAACAACAAGCACAGCAACAACAACAACAGCAGCAAGCACAGCAGCAGGCUCAGCAACAACAGGCCCAACAACAACAGGCUCAGCAACAGCAGCAGCUAGCACAACAACAAGCGCAUCAACAAGCUCAACAACAAGCCCAACAACAAGCCCAGCAGCAAGCCCAACAGCAAGCCCAGCAACAAGCCCAGCAACAAGCCCAACAACAAGCCCAGCAACAGGCCCAGCAGCAAGCCCAACAACAAGCCCAACAACAGCAACAACAACAACAACAUCAUGCAAACAUCCAGCAACAAAUAACAGCAGUACCAUUCUCAGUGUCAUCAUCAACUUCAAACAAUGUCCAACACGUUACAUACCAAUCAAAAACAACAUCCUUGCCAUCAACAGCAGUUGUCACGAUAUCAACCCAAGCCGGCCCAGUCGUCUCCAGCACUGUGGGCUUAGCUCAGACAUCACCAAUGUCCGUGAGUGCAAUGCCAACAUCGCUUCAACCGGGCAUGGCAGUUACCAGUAUGCCAUCGCCAUCACAACAAAAUAUUCCCACUUCACCAUCACAGAAUCCAAUUCUUGCAAUGGCAUCUAUGAAUCCGAGCAUAAUGCCAUCUAAUGUUGCCGGAGGAGCGGCUGCUCUUUUAUCGCCCCUACCACCCAAUACACCCACAAAACAAUCACAGCCAAGUGGAGAAGCAAAGACACCACAACACCAAACUAAUGGUAGUGCACCAUCAACACCAAGCAUAUCGCAAUCAAAUGCCACCCUUAUAGAUGCUGCAACACAAUUGGGUACACCACAAAGUAGUAGUGCAAGUGAAAGCAAAGAAGCUGUUAAAGAUGAAAAUUUGAAAACACCUGCAACUGAAGGCACAGUUGCAGAAUCGUCAGAACCAGUUAAUGGUGAGUCUGUACCAAUGGACACAACACCAUCAAUACAACCGGGAGAAAUGACACCUACUAAAGGAUCUUCAGGUAUUAAGUCUCCAAUAAACAACGAAAAGAAACAAGACUCUGAAACACCUAAAUCUCAGCCAACAACACCAGAUGAGACUAUUUUAAAUACAAAAUCUACUCCAGUUAAUACACCGAAGGCAGCUGCAGGAGCAACCACAAUUAAAGCAGAAAAAGAUCUACCUAAAGCCAUGAUUAAACCGAAUGUUCUAACGCAUGUCAUCGAAGGUUUCAUUAUCCAGGAAGCGAACGAACCAUUUGCAGUUACACGUCAACGCUACUCAGACAAGGAUCAAUCAGAUGAACCUCCAAAAAAGAAACAAGCCUUGGAGGAAUCUAUCAAUCAAUCUUCCAACGGUCUUCCAGCAGAUAUGAUCGAAUGCGAAACAUGCGGCAAGGCUGAACACAAAUCCAAGCUGAAAAAGAAGCGUUUCUGUUCGCCAAAUUGUGCUCGACAGAGAAAAUCAUCGCUAAGCGAACAGAAUUCCGAAGUAGCUUCAAUGCCAGCCUUGGCCAGUCCGAACCCAGAAUUGAAUAGCACGGUUAAAAUUGGUUUAGAAUGUGCACCUAGCUCUGAGAAACCACAACCAAUGGAUACUACGCCAAUGAGUUUCCCAACUGCAAACAAUGUACAACAAGUUACUCAAACAAUUGCCGCCCUGGAAGCAGCUGCGGCCGAGGAACCACCACAAAUGGUGAAUUGGACAGUGUCCGAUGUUUGUGAAUUUAUUAAGAGUCUGCCUGGCUGCAGUGACUAUGUUGAUGACUUUGAACAACAAGAAAUCGAUGGUCAAGCUCUACUACUGCUAAAAGAAAAUCAUUUGGUGAAUGCAAUGGGCAUGAAACUGGGACCGGCACUGAAGAUUGUCGCCAAAGUAGAGUCCAUGAAGGAAACAACUGGUGCCGAUAAGGAACAGCAAUAAACUCUGCCGUCCUAUGAGGAUGUGUUUUUGUAAAUAAGAAGAAGCAAAUGUUGUUGUGUAGUUUUAUUGUUUUUAUAUAUUAUUUAUUCUAAUGCUAAAUAAUUAUUAUUAAUAUUAUUAUUAUAACCGGGAUGUAAAUAUUAUAAUUGCUCAAGAGAUAGAGAGAAAUGUUAGUUUCGUUUCAAUAUAUUUUUAUUUUUAAGUCAAAAACAAAACAAAAAAAAAAACAAAAUUUUUCUAUUUAUGAUUGAUUCAGCGAUAGUUAUUUUCUUAAGCAAAUUCUAUAUUUAAUUUAGUUUAUAAAUGCAAUGCAUUUAAAAGGAAAAAAAAGUAUCAUUAGGUAUAUUAUGGUAUAAUUUCGUAGUUUUUGUAAGACAAAUGUAAAUUUACGAAAUU